AUGUCCUUGUGUCAGAAUCGCCUUCAGGAGGAGAGAAAGCAAUGGCGUCGUGAUCACCCAUUCGGAUUUUUCGCAAAGCCUGUUCGAACUACUCAAGGAGUUCUGGACUUGAAGAAGUGGGAAUGCGGAGUGCCCGGCAAAGACAAGACGCUCUGGGAAGGUGGCCUUUUCAAACUAGAUGUGCUUUUCCCGGAUGAGUAUCCUACAAAGCCUCCAAAGUGCAAAUUCGUUCCCCCGCUUUUCCACCCCAACGUCUAUCCCUCUGGUACUGUUUGCCUGUCAAUUUUGAACGAAGAAGAGGGGUGGAAGCCAGCCAUCACCAUCAAACAGAUCCUCCUCGGCAUCCAAGAUCUGCUCAACGACCCAAACCCCGACUCGCCGGCGCAAGCCGAUGCCUACAACUUGUUCAAGAGAGAUCGCCAGGCUUACGAGAAGAAGGUCAAAGCCAUUCUCUUGAAGCUCUUGAAGAAGAUGUGUGGGAUUUUUGCCUGUCACUGCCAUCCUGAUGUGCAAAAGUUCAAGCCCACCGCUCUGCGGAUGGCCAAAGCCGCUCGCCAUCGUGGUCCCGAUUGGAGUGGUAACUUCAUUGCCAAUAACACAAUCUUGGCCCACGAAAGACUGAGUAUUGUUGGCGUUGAUACUGGAGCCCAGCCUCUAGUCAGUGAUGACGGCUCAUUAUCUCUGGCUGUCAAUGGUGAGAUCUACAACCAUAGGGUCUUGCGCAAGCAGCUGAAGCGCCCCUACAACUUUAAGACCCACUCGGACUGCGAAGUCAUCAUACCGUUGUAUAUGGAACAUGGACUUGAUGCGCCAAAGUACCUAGAUGGCAUGUUCUCCUGGGUUCUUUAUGACAAGGAAGGAGAUCGCACAGUGGCCGCAAGAGAUCCCAUAGGAAUUACCAGCUUUUACCAGGGAUGGUCAAGCAAAACUCCUGGCGCAGUUUAUUUUGCAUCAGAGCUGAAGUGCUUGCAUCCGGUCUGCGACAAGAUCAAAUCGUUUCCCCCAGGCCAUAUAUACGAUUCCAAGACCGAUACCAUGACUCGAUAUUUCCAACCUCGUUGGUGGGACCCGCUGAACGUACCUUCAACUCCGAUAGAUUACAAGUUGAUACGCACUUCUCUAGAAAAAUCUGUUCGCAAACGGCUGAUGGCUGAAGUACCAUACGGUGUGUUGCUCUCCGGUGGGUUGGACUCAAGCCUAGUAGCGUCGAUAGCCCAAAGAGAGACGCUCAGACUCCGGUCAGCAUCAGUGGGGAAAUUGAAUGGAUACAGCGACCACGAGCAGCAACCUAGUGAAGAGCUUGUAGGAAUUGACGAUGACGAUGAAUUAUCGACCGUGACGUGGCUUCCUCAGCUUCAUUCCUUUUCGAUUGGGCUGCCUAAUUCGCCUGAUACUAAAGCUGCUUUGGAGGUCGCAAAAUUCCUCGGAACCAAGCAUCAUAGUUUCAACUUCACCAUUGAGGAUGGCUUAGAUGCAAUCUCAGACGUCAUCUUCCAUCUUGAGACCUACGACGUUACUACCGUUAGAGCCUCGACUCCAAUGUUCCUUCUCAGCCGUAAGAUCAAAGCCAUGGGAGUAAAAAUGGUGCUGAGUGGGGAAGGUAGUGAUGAGAUUUUUGGGGGCUAUCUCUACUUUCAUGCAGCUCCAGACAAAGAAUCCUUCCAUGCAGAGACCGUUCGCCGCAUUAAGAAUCUCCAUCUUUCUGAUUGCUUGCGAGCGAACAAGUCGACGGCAGCUUGGGGAGUUGAAGCCCGCGUGCCAUUCCUCGACAAGGAGUUUGUGGAAAAUGCAAUGGACAUUGAUCCAGCAGAGAAAUUGAUUACGAAGGAUCGGAUAGAAAAAUAUAUCCUACGUAAGGCCUUUGAUACAACCGACGAGCCGCAUACAAAGCCAUAUCUUCCGGGCAACAUCCUAUGGCGCCAAAAGGAGCAAUUCAGCGAUGGUGUAGGUUAUGGGUGGAUAGAUGCCCUGAAAGACAACGCCGAGAUCCACGUGACGGACGAGCAGAUGAAGCAGCCCAAAGCCGAAUGGGGAGAUGAUGUCCCAGAUAGCAAGGAAGCGUACUGGUAUCGUCUCAUGUUUGAUGAGCUCUUUCCGCCUCAGUGUGCAUCAACGGUCAUGCGUUGGACACCUACGUGGUCGAAGCAGACAGAUCCAAGCGGACGGGCGAUCGCCACGCACCUUGCCAAGUACGAAGGACAGAAAUAG